UCUCGUAUAGUGUAGUAUUGAGUUUUGUUUUUUUCUAAUAAAUAUUCGAAAAUAGUGCAUGUUACUUAUUUACAAGUAAUUUAUUUAUGAACCUUUUUAAUACCCCGUUCUUUAUUAGCAUUAAUGGUUAACAAAUUGAACGUGUCACAGACGUGGUCUAUAUUAUUUGUAUGUAUGCAGUGAACAAGUUUAUAAAGUUUUGUGCACCUCGUCAUCAGAAUUAUUGAAAGUUUUCUAUGACCUUCAAAAUGCAGAUUUUCUUUUAAAAUCACCGUGCGAAGACGCAGGACAAAAGGCGACGCGGUUAUGUUCAUCUCGGAAAAUAACACAAUGACUCAAUCUCACGCGCGAUCCCACAAGCUGAAUAGUUAGAAAAUAUCAUAAAAAGCCGUCAUCGAAAAAAAAAACGGCCAUAAACAAACGAUGUGAUGUAACGCCAUCUAGCGAGCGCUCGUCGAACUUCAAGUGAAAGUGGUUCGAAUCUUCUGUCAAGAUGAAGCUCAAUUUGUUCAAGCGGUCGAUGAUCUUUGCGACGUUCUUCGGUUCCUGUUUAUGCAUAGCUUUGAUUAUCGCGUCGUUGGGUACCACCCACUGGAUAGAUGCGAGGGCGCGCAGGACAUCGAAUCCUCUGGAGUCGGAUGGGAGAAUCAGUUUUGGGUUGUUCGAAGGGCACAAGGAGAUUACCUUCGGCGGAUAUGGGUGGCGGAAGUAUUAUUUUAGUGUAAAGACUGGCACGCACCCGGCGCGGCGGUGGGCGUGGUGCGGCGCGGCGGCGCAGCUGGCGGCGGCGUUCGUGUCGUCGGCGGGGGCGUGCGUGCUGGCAGCGCUGGCCUCCGCCGCCAGGGCGCGCUGCUCGCCCCAUCCCAUGCUCAUCGCCAACUCACUAGCUGUGCUAUUCACCCUGGGAGCAAUAGCAGUAUGGCUGACAGAGUUUUACCUGAGGCUCCAACACAAUGUCAUGUCGGACGAAGAUCGCAAGUUGCAUUGGUCUUCGGAGGGGAUGGCCGAUGUGGGGCUUACUUUCUGGUUGGUGGUGGCAGCGGCUGUGACCGCCUUCAUUAAUGAUGUGUGCAUCCUUGUAGCGAUGUCAGACAGCCGAGACGUGGACACUAUAGCUCCGGCUUUGGAAGAGAAAGUCAAUGGAGCUAUUAUGUUGUAUUAGAACGAUACAGUAAGACUUAUAUUCAAGAAUAAGUAUUAACAUUAUUUUGUAUUAAUGCGUUAUAGACUUAUAUUCAACAUAAAUAUGUUAUGUUGUAUUAAUGUUAUAAUAAGUAUUGUAUUCA